AUGAAACUAGAAUCUAGACAGGCAGGGCCUAUUUGGGCAAUCAUGAUCUACGAAUUUUUCGGGUCAGCUCUGGUCACUUAUGCUUACAACCUAGGCGGGAACAGUGCCUAAGUAAGAGGAUUUGCUUACUUCAUUGGAUUCGUAAUCGCCUAUCAAAUAUCAGGUGCAUUCUUCAAUCCAGCUUUGUCAAUUGGGGUUUACUUGGGCGAAAAAAAAUGGAAGAACUUUCUCCCUCAUUUAAUUUCUGUGUUCUUCUAAUAUGCAGGUGCAUUUGCUGGAGUAUUGAUAAGCUAUCUAUUGGCGAAAUUCUUCUUCUCAUAUCAAAUGGGUCCAGAUCUUUCAAGUACCAACUAUUAUGACACUGAUAAGACUCCAUACUGGGGAAGAUUGAUUUUCCCUGAGGUGCUACAGACCUUCACAUUCACCUUAGUUUAUCUAGUGCUAGCUUGUGAUAAAGAAAUGGAAAAGCUAGAUAGAAUUGUGAAAGGACUGAUCUUGGCUUUCACUUAUUCUGCUUGUCUUUCCAUGACCUAUAAUAGUGGAGCUCAGAUGAACCCUGCUCAAGCACUCGCUCAAGGUAUUUAUGAAUACUCAAUGAACGACACUUAAGAUCUCAAGAAUGAUCAUCUUAAGUUACUUUGGGUUUAUGCUAUCUUCCCUUAUAUAGGAUCUAUUCUUGCAGGUCUCUUCUACAUGUUCCACUAGAUGGUCGACAAGAAUGAAGAUAUGGAAUCAGAAAAGUCAAUAAGAAGACCAACUGGCGACUAAGAUAACAUUUUAGCAAAAAGAAAAUUGCCUCAAUCAACUGGAAGUCCUAAAUCUUCUAUCUAAUAUAACAUGGAGACAGGGAAAUCAACCUCUGAAAAGAAAUCUGACCUUAUUGUUCCUCUUUUUUAUGAAUUCUGCGGCAGUGCACUUAUGGUAUAUGCCUACAAUCUAACCGACAAAAAUUUCUCAGUGAGAGCUUUUGCCCUUUUUAUCGGAUACAUGAUAGCUUCUAAGAUUUCUGGAGCUCACUUUAACCCUGCGACAUCUCUUGCUGUGUAUGUAGUAGAACAAAAAUACAAAGAGAAUAUACUUUAUCUUGGACUAGUCUCUUUAGCGUAAUUCCUAGGAGGAUUGGCUGGAUUGCUAUUCGUCUAUCUGUUAAUGAAGACUUCAGGAUUCUAUACACUUUACCCUGGCAAUGGACCUUUUAGCCCAAAAGAUGAUUUCUACAUUUACAAAGAAACAGUAUUUUAUGGGAGAGUAUGCUUCUAGGAGAUUCUGCAGACAUUCACAUUCACUUUAGUACUCCUCAUUAUUAAAUAUGAGAAGAGCUUAUCAAAGGUUAAUAACGUUAUCAAAGGACUUGCCAUCACUCAUGCCCAAGCAGCAGUCUAUCUAAUGACUUACAACUCAGGGGCUUGUCUUAAUCCAGUCCUGGGAAUUGUUUAAACAUUUUACAUGAUGGGACAAUCAGGAAACCCUGACAGAUACUGGAAUUGCAUUUGGGUUUAUGUCCUCAUGCCAAUUAUUGGAGCAUAUGUUGCCUCAUUAUUUUAUGGAUUUCAUCAAACAGUAUCCUAACAAAAUGGAGACAAAGCCGGUAAAGACGAGGAUGAAGACGAGCAAUGA